AUGUCUGAAUACGAAGAAGAUGAGGGGCCUACUCAACCUGAAGAAUAUGGUUACGCUCAGUUUCAGCACAUGUUUCCUCUCGACGACGAGAGUGGAAAUGAAUAUGAUUUGCCCACGCCACCCGACGAUAUCCAUCAGCCUGAUGAAGAACGGCAGCAUUAUGGGCCCGUCGUUUAUAACGAAGAUGGGGAAGAGGUGCAACCACUCUACUUUCGUCUCUCCCAGGCUACAGGUAAACGCAAAGCACUUCUCAUUGGCUGCAAUUAUCCCGGUAGCUCUGCCCCAUUGAAUGGCUGCAUCAACGACGUUUUCAACAUCAAGCGCUUUUUGAUAGGCAUGGACAAUUUGCUCGCAUAUGACGAAGCAGACAUAUGCGUCCUUGCUGAUGACGAAAGCACUCAUGGAGAGAUUGGAGAAGCUCAACCAACUCGUGAAGCAAUGAUCGAGUACAUCGAUUGGUUGGUCGGAGAUGCUGAGGCUGACGAUUCUCUGUUCUUCUUCUAUUCUGGUCAUGGAGGUAAUCAAGAUGACCAUGAUGGAGACGAAUGGGAUGGCAAGGAUGAGUCGAUCUGUCCAACUGAUUACGAAAAUGCCGGAGUUAUCGUCGACGACGAACUAUAUGAUCUAUUAGUCAAACCAUUACCCGAAGGGGCAGGUCUGACUGCACUGUUUGAUUCGUGUCAUAGUGGCUCGGUGUUAGACCUGCCAUGGACAUACGAGACUGGCGGCACGAUCAAGGCGCCCGAAGACCUCCAGGAGGAUGCCGAAGCUGAAGCUCUUGGUACCGAAGAUCAUCAAAAACGAUACAAAUGGUCUCCUGCUGAUGUGGUAUCCUUGUCUGGUUGUCGUGAUAACCAAUUCAGCAGCGACGCCCGGUUUGGUGGGCUCCCCAGUGGAGCACUCUCAUAUGCAUUUAUUCGAGCGUUCCACAAAUUCCCCGAGUUGACGUACAACCAACUACUGAAGGCUAUCUUUAACGAGCUCAAGGGUAAAUUUGACCAACGUCCCCAGCUUUCUGGCUCCCAUCCAAUCGAUAUGGACUUGUUGUUUGUCCAGUAG